AUGGACUAUCAUAAUAUACUUCAGAAGAUUUCAAUAGGAUCAUUUAGAAAAGAAAAAGAUACGAAAGGUGCAUUAAUCGCCGAAUUAGAUCCUGGUCAUGGAUGUCAAAUCAAUGUGAGUAUGUACUCGUUUGAUAAUUAUGAAAUUUUAACAAAGGCUUAUGAAUUAUACCAACAUGCAAUUGCCCAUGAACGGUGGGGUGAUGGAGUUUACUUGACUGAGUUCAUUUAUCAUAAUGGUGUUAUUACAAAUACGAGUUUGCAUAGAGAUAUUACAAAAAUAUUAACUGAAAGAGCUAAUAACGACACGAGUAUGAUCAAAUUAUGGAAAGAAACUACUACAAAUAAGAACUUGGAAAACUAUUUUGCAUCAUUACUUGAAAAAGUUAUAAAAGACAAUAUCCGUUCAACGAUCACAAUUUGUUCAGAUGCUAAUUAUGAAUACUUUCAUUCUACAUUUGACAAAAGAGCCAAAAAAAUCAAACAAUGUCCCAUUAAUUCAUUAAUUAGUGACGCAGACAGGAAACAAAUUAAAAAAUUGAAGACGUAUGUUUUAUGCUUUGGAUCUGAAUGUUUAUCUUGGAAUAUAGGAUCUCGUAAUUUGAAAAGUUCAGAGAAAUUUAUAAAUUCAAAUCUAUUAUAUAGAUCAGUAAUUGCCUAA